AUGGCCCUGGAGAUGGAGCCCUCGGAUGUGAUCCGCCUGAUCAUGCAGUACCUCAAGGAGAACAACCUCUACCGGACCCUGACCACCUUACAGGAGGAGACCACCGUCUCCCUCAACACGGUGGAGAGCAUCGACAGUUUCAUGGCCGAUGUGAACCGCGGCCACUGGGACUCGGUCCUGUUGGCCAUCGAGUCCCUGAAGCUGCCGGACAACACGCUGAUCGACCUCUACGAGCAGGUUGUGAUGGAGCUGAUUGAGAUGAGGGAGGUGGGAGCAGCUCGCUCGCUCCUCAGACAAACCGACCCCAUGAUCAUGUUGAAGCAGACCCAGCCGGAGAGAUACGUCCACCUGGAGGACCUGCUGUCCUGCUCCUACUUCGACCCUCGUGAGGCGUACCCGAAGGGGAGCAGCAAGGAGCAGCGACGCAGGGCGAUAGCUGAGGCGCUGGCGAGGGAGGUGAGCGUGGUGCCUCCUUCUCGCCUCCUGGGACUCCUGGAACAAGUUGGUUCGCUGAGACUACAGCAGCUUCCAGGUCAGCUGUCCCCAGAAAGCCCCAUCACCACGUCUGGCAACAAGGAGAGACAUGUGGUGAAAGAGAGCUUCCCUACGCAGCUGUACCGGCACAUCAAGUUUGGACGACGGUCACAUGUGGAGUGUGCCCGUUUCUCUCCUGAUGGAAAGUACCUGAUCACCGGAUCGGUGGACGGGUUCAUUGAGGUGUGGAACUUCUACACUGGAAAAAUUAGUAAGGACUUAAAGUACCAGGCACAAGACAGCUUCAUGAUGAUGGAUGAUGCUGUGCUGUGUAUGUGCUUCAGCCAGGACACCGAUCUUCUGGCAACCGGAUCUCAGAAUGGCAAAAUAAAGGUGUGGAAGAUCCAGAGCGGGUUGUGUCUGCGCAGGUUCGAGCACGCUCACAGCAAAGGUGUGACCAGUCUGUGCUUCUCCAGGGACAGCAGCCAGAUCCUCAGUGCCUCCUUCGAUCAGACCAUCAGAAUCCAUGAACUGAGGUCAGGGAAGACACUGAAGGAGUUAAAUGGCCAUUCGUCGUUUGUGAACGAUGCAUCUUUCACUCAAGAUGGAUUCCACAUCGUCAGCGCCUCAUCUGACGGCACCGUUAAGAUUUGGAACCCGGAGACGAGCGAAUGCGUCCACACUGUCAAGCCUCUGUCCCAGACGUCGGAGGUCCCCGUCAACAGCGUGACUCCUCUUCCCCAGGACCCAGAGCACUUUGUGGUUUGCAGCCACUCAAGCAAAGUGGUCGUGUUGAGCAUGGACGGUCAGACCGUGAAGACGUUCAGCUCAGACAGGAAGGACGCCACGGACUUUGUGUGCUGCACCCUGUCGCCCCGCGGGGAGUGGCUCUACUGUGUGGGAGAGGAUCUGGUCCUGUACUGCUUCAACUAUAUGACCGGGAGGCUGGAGAAAACGCUGACCGUUCAUGAGAAAGACGUCAUCGGCAUUACUCACCAUCCACACGAGAACCUGAUCGCCACAUACAGUGAGGACGGCCUCCUGAGGCUGUGGAUGCCAUCUUCACAUGGACGACCUACAGAGCCAUGAGGUUCUUUACCAAUUCAUUCAUUCCUUUUCAAUUUGGAGUGUGGGAACUGUAAUAUUGAUAUAUAUGAAUCCAUCGGUAAAUUAUAA